UGGCCCGUUUCUCUUAAGAACACGGAGGUGGCGAAAGAGGAAGGCGCAUUGGGUAUUUAAGUCUUGCCUCCGUGGCCGAUGGCCACUCCCUGGUGGCGCCUUGUGGGCAGGGAAACAGCGAGGAGGCGGAGGAGUCACUCAGGAUGGAGGAGAGGAGACCCGAUCACACUCACACACUGGCUGUAACCGCGCUGGGAGGAGAAAAUGGCUCACUUGUGGGAGGGCUUUUAUUAUAGGGAUGUACAAGGGGGCUGUCAGUGAAGCAGCACAUGUGCCUAUGUAAACAGGACAGAGGGUGGAGUCCAGCCUCAGGCCGACCCUGCAUCCACCCAACCCUGUCUGAUGUCUAACAUUCUUUGGUUGUCAAUGGAUACGGAUACUUCUCCAUCUUUAUCUCCAUCCUCACUUUUACACAAGCAUACACACCCUUAAUCUAACAAUUUAUUGUUUCAUUUUAUUAUCCUCAUCUGGCUGACGAUGAACAAUGCUGACUCCAUUAAGCAAAGGAUGUGUCACAGCUUCGUCCCACGCGCCUACAUUUGCUGUGUUUCAGAUGAGAUGCAAAGUUACUUCCUACACUCUGCUCAAACCAACAUUAUCAUCAUUGUCCGCCGUACUGGUCCAUAAACAUUCAACCACACAUGGAGCAGGCUGUAGCUCACAUGAGGGAGAUCUCCCGUACAUCAGCAGAUCAGGGCUGGAUGCGGUUUGACAGUUUGCGACAGUUAUCAGAUAUUUGAGCUCGCGACAACAGGAAGCGAGAGAGAGCGCGCGCCUCUGAUAGAAGUGAAACCUGCCUCCAUGAAGGUGAAGCUGCUUUUCUUCUCUCAGCUCAGGACCUACCAUGUUCUGGAUCUGUCUGUGAUCUGAGGAGAUGGAGAGCCCGUCGUCCACAGUGAGGCGGCGAGCCUGGAUCAACAGCAGUCGACAGUGGCUCACUCUGGAGGAUCCGGACCAUGAAGGUCCGCCACAGUGCAGCCUUCCGUCUGCAUCCAUCGCAGAUGAUGACGUCUUUUCUGAUGGAUGCUUCACAGGAAAGAUUGAGACCUGGCUCCACGGUUGUGGGUCAGGUGUACGGACAGAAAAUGCCGGCCAGCUGAGUUUUGAGUCUGUGCUGAAAGCUAACAAAGUUGAUGAUGAGCUGAGUCUUGGUGCAGAUGCCUCUGACUUAAAUGGUGGAGAUGUUACAUCUAAAGCUGGCUUCCCACAGCAUCCUUCCUCCAGACAAGGUCACAGCAGACUCACCUGCAGUACCCCUCGUCAGAAUCUACAUCUGCCCUCACUGAACUUGGGCCACAGCAUGGCCUCCAGCUGCCUCUCCUCCUCCACCUGCAAAACUACAUCAAGUGUAUCAGACAUCCUGCAGAUGUGUUCAGAGGAUGCAGAAGAGACGCUGUACGAGCUGGGUUUCGGCUGCGAUGAGCCACAAGUCACUGUUCGAAUCCCUCCACGCUUCUUCACCUUCCCCUCCUUAGCUCAGGGCAUCAACUUCCGUCUUUUCCUGGACUCACAACUCAGACGAAUUCGAGAGGAAGACCCCGGCCUCUCUCUUGCAAGUCGUUUCAGACAAGUUCAAGUGCUCACAGCGAUGGCCAACGCUUUCUACUCCCUCUACUCCCAUGUGUCUCGCACUCCUCUACAGAAACUGGCCACGCCGGAGUUCACCUUCUCCUCGUCUCCCGUGGAGAGGAUUGAACGCUUCAGGAGCAACAUCCGUAGCGAGCCACGUUCACCUGUGGAGAGAUUGAAGGACACUGUUUCCAAGAUGUGUCUGUACACUGGCUCUCCUCGUGGGUCAGACUCCACCUCUCCUCAGCCCUCGCCUAGGAAGAGAUCUAGUCUGCCAGAUGUGGUGGAAUUCGUCCUAGAUAAAGCCAAAUCUGGGGCGACAAAGAAACUGGAUUUGGGGGAAGAAAGCAGGAGUAAUUCAGCUGUGGCUGUUCAGCUGGUUAGUGGUGCUGAUGAAGCCUCUUGUGGGAAAAAGGAGCAAACGCAGCACACUGUGAUGGAUAACAAAACUCUAAAACAUGAAAAUAAAUGCUGUGAGGAGAUGCAGGGCAGUGAACAAACAGUUGAAAUUUGCAUUAAAGCAGCAGAUCUUGAAAGCAGGACUCACUGUGAAAGAACAUCUGUAGCGUCAUCACUAUCAGGAGAAACUGUGAUAGAAACAGAUCAUCAGUUUCUCCCAUGUUCGUCUCGAAGUGACACAAACACUGAUCAUCUGGAACCCCUUUCCAAGGUUGCAUAUGAUCUAAUCUGUCCACAGAUAGUGGAGAGUGUACACCAGGCUCCUUUCUGUACGCACAGUCUUAAAACAAACACUUCACCUCUUAUCUGCGUUAAGACAGAAAGCACAGAUCGACCCUGUCCUGGAUCACAAGAAGCAAUCAGUGAGCCCGCUGAGGAAUCAUACACAGGUGAUGUUUUGAGGACCCUGGAUGCAUCCAAAUCACUUCCUGUCCAGGCUCACAGUGGUAGCCAAACUAAGUGCUGCAUCACUGUGACCGGCUGGGAGGGGGAAGAUGUUGAUUCAUGUCCCUCCAACGCACCAGAGUCCUGUCAUAUUUCAGCCGUCCAACCUGUCCAGACCUGCGAGAAAUUCAUUAAGGGGAAAAGUCAAUACCUGAAUCCACAUCAGUGUCAGGGGCUGGUCUCCAACACCCUGCCACAGGUUAACUCCUUUGAGCUUGAAGAGGUGCACAGUGCAGGAGAGGAAGAUUUUGGACAAUCAGCUGUUACUAGAACACAUGCUCCCCCGAUAUCUGAAAAACAGCAAUACAAAGGUGAAGUGACACGUGGCGACAGCAUGCAGUCAGACAGCAGCGGCUAUGCAGAUGAAGAAGUCAGCCCGUCAUCGAACACACACGGCAGAUGACGAACAACACAGAAGUUCAUUAAGACAACAUUCACAGGAGACUUUUCCCCAUUUUAUCCCCUUUGCUGAAGAUUUAAGUUUCUACUCAAGUUCGUAAAGUGGAUCCAAGCAAGAGUCAAACAGCCAAAGGAUUAAAGCUCCUGUAAGGAUUUUUUAGCUGGUCAUGAAACUGACUGAAACCAAUACUGAUGUCUCUUCAUGACCUAUAAAAGCAAACCUGAGCAUCAGAAAGAGACUGAUUAUUUAUAUGUAGUAUUUUUUAAUGUCUGUUACCACUGCAGGUGUCAGAUGAAUCAUUUGAAAGCUUGCUGCCAAAACAGCCUUUGUCUACUCACUGCUAGGAAUAUGUUUGACUAUUAUAAGGAAGCAGGACCUCAACAAAGAGACAAGAUGUACUGCAGUGUCCACAGAGGGCGCCAACAUUGCGAGUUGAGAUGUCUUGAUGCUGUAAACAGUCUUGAUUUGUUUUGUUUUAAGUUAUGAUUUUGGGCAUGUGGGGCACUGCUAGUGCCCCAGAGACUUGAUUUUGAGGUAACUUCCAUUAACUGAAGAUUUUAUUUAAGAAAAGUUCAAAAAUAUUUAAAGCAUUUUGUUUCUUCUAAGUGCUCACACUGAAAUGCAAUAUUGUAAAUAAUUAAACUAAUUAAAAGUCUACAUGAAA